AUGAAGAGCUUCAUCGCAACCGUCACCCUCGCCGUGCUCGCCGCGAAGGCGUCCGCCCGGACGUUCACGGUCGUCAACAACUGCCCGUUCACGAUCUGGUCACUGUUCACCGACCUCAACGUCGGCUCCGCCACCCCCGACCAGCCGACCGGCUGGGAGCAGGACGCCGCCCAGACCGUCUCGUUCACCGUCCCCGACAACUGGCAGGCGGGCCGCAUCUGGGGCCGCCGCGACUGCGACUUCAGCACGGGCACCCCGGGCCCGAACCAGUGCCUCGACGGCGGCUGCAACGGCGGCCUCGAGUGCGACCCGCACACCGGCACGGGUGUUCCUCCCGCCACCGUUGCCGAGUUCACCCUGGGCGUCGCCGGCGGUGCGCCCGACAACUACGACGUGUCCCUCGUCGACGGGUUCAACCUGCCUAUGGCUGUCACGAACAGCGCCGGCUGCCACGAGGCUUCUUGCCCGGUCGACCUCAACCCGAACUGCCCCACCGAGCUCAAGGGCCCCUUCGACUCGAACGGCGUCGCCGUGGGCUGCAAGAGCGCCUGCGCCGCGGGUCUCGGCGGUGACCCCGCGAACAACCCGAACUGCUGCUCGGGCAGCUUCAACACGCCCGCGACGUGCCCGAACUCCGGCGUGCAGGACUACUCCUACUUCAAGUCGAACUGCCCGGACUCGUACGCGUACGCGUUCGACGAGUCAAGCGGGACCGCGCUCUGGACGUGCGACGCGGCCUCGGCGGCGGACUACACCAUCACGUUCUGCCCGUAAGCGGACUCGAGGAAUAUGGCGCGCACGACGCUCGUUCGCCCAGCUCGAGAGAAUUCGGACCCUUCUUGAUCUCAGACACGCGCGAGAGUGGAGGCAUAAUGAUGGCAUGUAACAUAGGAUACGAGGCAUACACAGAUUCAGGCAUACAUGGUGGUGGGGUAGUGAUGGUGCGGUGGUGGUGGUACAAGAUACAAACGACGACGACAACUUCUCGGUUCUCGAGACUCGGGGCCUAGCUCCCGCGAGACGGGGGACACCCGCUCAGAGCAUCAUCGACCGCCGGACCUGGAACGUCGCGCGGAACCGCAGCAAAGCAAGCGUGUCCUCCGCAUACGCCGAGUCCAGGCUGAUGUCCUCGAGUUUGUCCUCGAUCAUGGGGCGCGCGAGCUGCGCCCACAGCGAACCGCCGCGGUUUAUGAGGUACUUGCAAUCAUGACAAUUCCGGCCCGUGCAGUCGAAGUCGUUGCAUUGCCGUGAACCGAACUUGGGCCGACUCUCGUACAACUGCAACGGCGCCCUCUUGUGAGGCCCAGUCUCGCGAGCAGGACGCUUUCGGUGGGUGGGACAGAGAGGGUCGCCUUGACAUUCGCUUGGGGGGUGCUCGAUCUUCGCAGUCACAGUGGUCUGUGUACCUUGCGCGUCCUCGAGUGGCUCUGGAACCUCCACGAUCUUCUCCGCUUCCUGUACACGAGCGACGGAAGCGAUCCGUUGAAUCCGCGGGGGCGCCGAGGACGGACGUGGCGGGAGCGGGUGAGUGGCGCGGUUGCCCUGCGCCUGAGCUACCGUCGGCGGCUUUGGCAAAGGCCUUGCUUGGGUCCUUUGCGGCACGGGUGCGAGCGCAGCGAGGGGCGGGCGGUGGGGAGUGCGACGCGACCCUAUAGGCGAAAGCUGUCGCUGGGGCAGCUCGGAGGGAUCCAGGACGGAGUCUCCGAAGGUGUUGAAGCCAGCUAGGCUCUGCCAGGAGGGUAGCGUGAAGGACCGCGGCUUCUCCGCCCGAGGAAGGUCAUACAUGCGCCUGUUCAUGGUGGACCCAGGGAAUGUGAUAGUAUCCCAAAAGGCAGAGUCGACCAGCAUGGUACUGCCAUUUACCUCCGCUACGACGAAGGGGCUAUCAAACGCUGACGAGAAAGGGUGGCGCAUAGAGGAGGUGU